GGGCUAUUAACUACCGAUCCUAGAUCACUUAAUCUGCCAUAGUAUGUCCGUGAUCACGAUCGUACGUGGGGGCUGAAUAAUAACUAAUAUGCACGGAUUAUAGGUCAGCCAUGGCGAAUCAUCAAGAUCAUUUGCCUGACAAUAUCUGGAUUAUUCCGGGCGUUGACUUCCAGGCAACAGAUCCCGGCAUGGGCUAUCACCAGGGUCUGGAGCAGGGCCCGGGGCUGCAGAAUCCCUUCAACACGGGUUUUCCAAAUUCGGAACUAAUCGGGCACGGUAACAGUUUCGAUGUCGCCGCCGACGUUCCUUAUGCAAUGCUCUACAAUGCGACCCAGCCGGAGGGAACUAUUCAGAGAUCUACCCUUGGGGGGGAUGACCGAACAGCCGGGGGUGAGUCACGCUUCAGCCUGAUUGAUGAUUCGAAGCUACGAAGCUACGAAGCUACGCCUCGUGUCGGGCAAUGGUUGUUGCCGCCUAAAAUAGGAUUAGUUACCAUGGAAGCUAACAAGUAUAAAACCCCCCUAGACUCCCGAAAGGCUCGAUCCGCAAUGGGUGAAGCUCAUUUGCGUGACGACAACUGGACAUAUGCGAUUGAAGUCUCUCCAGCUAUUGAUGUUUUGCCUGGUCACCACUUCGUUAAGAACCACGUCGCUGCCAUCCACAAGCACUUAACAACCCGAUCUAUAGACUACGACUACGCUCUCGCCGAACCCGUCGAGGGACCCGGCAUCUGUCGACAGUAUACCCUCAAACAGAAAGAUAGAUUCAACGAUCGCGUCCGUCUCGAGUUUCUCCAAGUCUUCACCGCCAACCGACCCUAUAAUAGACAGCUGCCCAAUUACUCUAUUAAAAUGAGUGUUGUGUUCAAGGAUCGUACUGUCCUACCCUCUGGUCCAUAUCCGCCUGGCAUCGACGGCCGUCAAGAUCAGGAAGGAGAGAGCCGUUUCUCUCCCGGCCCCUCUAUACAUGGUCUAGUGGGAUACAGUGCGGGGGAAGAACAGGUCCUACUCCCAAUUUCUCCCAGCUCUAAUGGCUUGGAUUCACCUUCUCCUUUUGAUCAGCCGCUCUCUCCUCCGGAAAGCCUUUCAACUCCGGGACAUCGUCAUCAUACCCGACCACCACGUUUGGGCCCUAUUGUGAAGCCCAACCGAAUCGCGAAUAAGAAUCGUGAGGGCAAGUUUGUUUGCUCCUUCGCCGGCUGCACCGAUGAUGUGAAGGUAUUCAGUCGCAAGUGCGAAUGGAGCAAGCACAUGGACAAGCACGACCGACCGUAUAAGUGCUUGUCAUCGGGAUGUGAGAAGCUUGCUGGAUUUACGUAUUCCGGCGGUCUCUUACGUCACGAAAGGGAGGUUCAUAAUAAGCAUGGUGGGCCAAAGAACCCCCUUAACUGUCCACAUGGAAACUGCAAACGUCACGAAGGCAAGGGUUUCUCUCGCAUGGAGAAUCUUAACGAGCAUCUUCGUCGAGUGCAUACCCCUAGCGACGCCAACAACGGUCCUACAGUAGUAGAAUUGCCUGAAGAUGAGCUGGAGGAGAAUCCGGCCCCUCUUCAGCAGGUUGUAGCCCCUGAGAAGAUAGGCGAGAAGCGCAAGCCUGAAACAGAUCUCCGUGAGGAAGUGAAGCGUCUACACCAGGAGAAUCAGCAACUGAGAAAUGAGGUCCGCGCCCAGUCUCUCCACAGCAUGGCCAUGAUGCAGACCAUCGAAGAGAUCAACCUGCAGCUUAGGGAGCUUGCCAACUCCAAGUCCCAGCUCCAGCUGCAGUCCCAGUCCAGACUUCAGCCCCAACCUCAGCCUCGGUCUCAGCUCGAGCUUCAAUCUGAGGCCCAAUCUGAAGCUCGGUCUGAUACCGAACCCGACCUUGAUGUGGCCCAACACGCUGGCCUAAGCUCUCUAGGCUAG